CCUCUAAUCCAUUUGUGAUGGAUUCAGGAAACGGAAGUGAAGUUCCUGAGUUCUGGAGGAACGUGGUGGGACCGGGGCCUAUUCGCGUGACCAAGAAACGGUGCUUUCGUUCUCUGUGCCGAUUCUCUUCUGAGUAUGGCGGUCCGGGCCAGCUUCGAGAACAACAACGAGAUCGGCUGCUUCGCCAAGCUCACCAACGCCUACUGCCUGGUGGCCGUCGGGGGCUCUGAGGGCUUUUACAGUGUGUUUGAAGGGGAGCUUUCUGAUACCAUCCCUGUAGUCCAUGCUUCUAUUGCUGGAUGUCGGAUCAUUGGCAGAAUGUGUGUGGGAAACAGGCAUGGGUUAUUAGUCCCAAACAAUACCACAGACCAGGAACUUCAGCAUAUCCGAAACUGUCUUCCAGAUUCUGUGCGAAUCCAGCGAGUGGAAGAGCGCCUCUCAGCCCUAGGCAAUGUCAUUACAUGCAAUGACUAUGUAGCCCUCGUUCAUCCAGACAUUGACAGAGAAACAGAGGAAAUUUUAGCUGAUGUACUAAAAGUGGAAGUAUUCCGACAGACUGUAGCAGAUCAACUGCUGGUGGGAAGUUAUUGUGCGUUCAGUAAUCAAGGAGGAUUGGUGCAUCCAAAGACUUCUAUUGAAGACCAAGAUGAGCUCUCCUCAUUGCUACAAGUCCCACUUGUGGCUGGGACUGUUAACCGUGGCAGUGAGGUGAUAGCAGCUGGAAUGGUUGUAAAUGACUGGUGUGCCUUUUGUGGUCUGGACACAACCAGCACUGAGUUAUCAGUCAUUGAGAGUGUCUUCAAACUAAAUGAAGCGCAGCCAAGUGCCAUUGCCACUAAUAUGAGGGAUUCUUUGGUUGACAGCUUGACAUGAUGUGCUCCCUGACCACCAUGGAAGCUCUGGAGGAGUGAAAUGCCUGAUUAUGAACUUGACAGCUCACUAAAUCACAUAAUGUGUUGCUCUUGCAAACCUGGAACAGGGGAGCUGUUUCAAAAUUGUGCAUUCUUUUUAUACUUCUCUCUGGUAAACAAUAUUGAAUGAGAUCUCUUAUACCCAUUUGCUGCUUUUGUUUCUUUUUGCUGCAAUGGUGUUCUGCUGCUUUCAUUUAUAUGUGAGAUAAUAAAUCGUUAUAGCUCUUGA